CAGUUGUAACCUUCGGUUACCUAAUGACUAGGUGCUACUAGAGCAUCACCAUGGCCUAAUCGGUGCAGCUUCCAGAUGCGCGCUACGGAAUUGCUAUCAUCCGCAUUCGGCGGUGAUCGGAAUCUCGGUCGCGUCUCCCGUCGGUAGCCCUCUACGGUGAUUCGCGUUGUAUCCUAAGAGCGGAAUAUCAAGAUGGGAACUCCCUGGCGAUUGCUGGCGAUCCUUUUCGUCGUCCUCGUCGUCGCGUCGCCAAACUUCGCUAUCGCGAAGAACGCCAAGGACUCGACAGACAAAGGUUCAGACAAAGGCUCGUCCGAGGAGAAUCUAUCCGCGUUAGAAGACAGGAUCUUGGAGGCGGAACUUACUCAAGGAGAUAUUCUCAAGCAAGGUCCGUGCGAGGACGAGGCGGGGCGGUUCUGUGCGGACGAGGAGGUGGGCAACCGCACCCUGGAGCGCUGCCUCAGCAUGCAGUACACGCUGCUGCAACUCGCCUCAACGCCUGAAGCCAACAUCACGGACAACAACUUCUCUGAGAAGUGUCUGGACGACAUCCGCAACUUCAAAAUACAAGUCUACAAGAACAUCUCCAUCGACAAGGAGUGGAUGGAGGACUGCAAGGAGGACGUGGCGACCUUGUGCGAUGACAAGUUCCUCUACCCCGGCGUCGGCAGUGUGCUCGCUUGCCUGCGGGAGGCGAAAGCCGGUGAGCGUCUGUCGGACCUGUGCCGGAACCGCGUGUUUGAGGCGCAGAGGGACGCCGCGGCAGACAUGGCAUUCGACCCGCAGCUCAACCAGACCUGCGCUGCCGAUGCCCAGCGGCUGUGCAAAGGGGUUCCCGCAGGGGAGGGGCGCGUGCAGGACUGCUUGCGUCAGCAGCGCACGAGCCUGAGCUGGGACUGCAUGUCGGAGCUGUUUCGACAAGAGGUGGAGGGGUCAGGGGACAUCCGCCUCAACGUGCGCCUCUUCAAAGCCUGCCUGGAGGACAAGAGGCGAUUCUGCCCCGACGUGCCACCUGGUGAUGCGCGAGUGAAGGACUGCCUGGAGGAGCACCGGCUGGAGGCAGAGUUCUCCAAGGGAUGCAAGGUGGAGUUUGAGAAGAUGAUGGAGCGGCGGGCAACAGACUUCAGGCUGGACUUUAAUCUGCAGAAGUACUGCCAUAAGGACAUCACGGAGACGUGCUACCAGGAUGCAUCCGACAUGUCAGGAGCGGGCGGCAGUUCGGACGCCAAGGUGAUCCAGUGUCUUCAGGACUACAGAGACGAGCUCAAGGACCCGCGCUGCAGACAGCAGGUGCAUCUGCUGACCAAGAGAGCCGCAGAGGACAUUCGCUUCGACCGCGCUCUGGUUGAGGCUUGCAAAGACGACUGGCAGGCGCACUGCCAGGCAGUGCCCAAGGGCCAAGGGAGGGUGUUCAUGUGUCUGCAGGACAACCGGGGGAAGCUCAAGGGGCCCUGCAAGGAGGCGCUCUUCAGAGAGGAGGUCCGUUUCUCAGAGGACAUAGACUUCAAGUUUGGCAUCCGCAAGGCGUGCAGCGAUGAGCUGCAGCGCCUGUGCAAAGACAAGGAAGACGCCAUGGCAUGCCUGCAGGAGCACGUGGGAGAUGCCGACAUGAGCAAGGGGUGCAAAGAGGCGGUAAAGGACGACCAGCAGCACGCCGCAGAGGACUACCGCCUCAACUUCCGCCUCGCUAGAGAGUGCUUCGCUGACGUGCAGAAGCUCUGCAUGCACGCCUGCGACGAGGCAGCUGUUGACCCCCCCUCCUCCUCCACCUCCUCCUCCCCCGCCUCCCUGCCUGUCACGUGUGGCGGUGCCACGCUGCGCUGUCUGACGGGCGCUGCCAGCAACAUCUCAUCUGCCACGUGUCGCGACGAGGUGUUCCACUUCCAGAAGCAGGAGGUCGCUGAUGUGGCGCUGGACGUCCCCCUGCAGGCAGCGUGCAGGGAGGACGUCAAGGAGCGGUGUGGCGGGGAGAGGGACCACAGCAAGGCGCUGGCGUGCUUGAGGCAGAACAGGGACGCGCUCUCAGAGGGGUGCAAGGAGGAGGAGCUGCGGUUCAGUGAGAUGGAGGCGUCUGACAUCCGCCUCACCCCCACGCUCAUGAACGCCUGUGGCUUGGAGCUGCACCAGUUCUGCCGUAAAGUGCCGCCCGCUGCUGGCCAGGCCUUCCGAUGCCUGCAGCUGCAUGUGCAAGAGGCCGGGAUGAGCGUGGCCUGUCGCUCAGAAGUCGAUCUGCAGACCGCCCGGCAGUCCAAGUACUACAAGCUAGACGCAGCGCUGAAGCAGCAGUGCGGGGAGGACGUGGAUCGACUGUGCAAGGUGGUGGACGAGGGACGGGAGGGGCAUGCGCUCGUGCUCAAGUGCCUGGCGGAUUACCACUCGGACCUCUCUGCGAGCUGCCAGACAGAGGUGUCCUAUGCAGUGCGCAUGGCGCUAUGGAUGUACCACCGUGGAUCGGACCUCACCAAGGGCUGCGAUGCAGUCAUCGACUCCCGCUGUGCCAACUACACCAGCAGCAGCAGCAGCGGUGGUGGUGGGCGCAGGGCGAGUGUAUCGGGGGCGGUGGUGGGGCAGUAUGCGCAGUGCCUGAUGGACCAGCCCAAAGAGGCGCUGGGGAACGAGUGCCUGCCGCUGGUGGCGCUGGUGGGGAGGGAGGGGGGGCAUGUGGGUGGGGAGAUCAGCAGCGAGCUCCUGCAAGAGACUCUCAAUAAGAUUGCCAUGCUCCAGCUCUCCCAAGGCAGAUCUUCGGCUUCCCUGCCUCCUGGUUCUGAAGGGCUUGUAUUGACAGGAUGGUUGGCGUUUGUCGCAGUCACUGCGCUAACAGCCCUCCUCUUGGCUGUGGCCUACAUAGUCUACCGCAAGUACUUUGACCCCACUCGCAAUUAUACAGUGAUGGUGAAAGCCGGGGACGUGUGACCUAGGAUUGUAUGGUGAUUUAACGUUUUCAUAACGUUACUAGUUUUUAUAAUCCACGUUGUUUUGGCAUAUAUGUACAGCCUUCCCCUAUUGGUGGCC